AUGACGAGCAAAUCCAUUUACAAGCGGUCCCCCACAACCCCUUCGACUCCAAGUGUCAGAAACGGAGCGGAAACCAAGAAACUGAGGCGCGAUGAGAGCUCAUCGCCUACACGGAGUAAAAGACGGACAGACUUAUCCACAGAGGAGAUAGCACGCCAGAACAUCAUCAGUUCACAUGAAAUACGACGCAUGCAGGAGCUAGUGAGGUUUUUGGAGCUGGAACGCAAGUUUAAGGCGUGA